GUUUACUUCGGUAUCCUUAAAUAGCCAAGGCCCCUUGUAAUGCACAUCCUUCUAUGCCGGCGGUAUUAUAAAGCUCAUUUAUCUUUUUCCGACAUGUAAGUAUAGCGAAUAGGCAGCUCCCGUCGCUAUACAGUAUGAGAUAGUGUACUGUAUCCAGUCAGUUACCAGUUCUGCAUGCACAUCAAGAACAUGAUGAUGGACCUCAUCCCACAACUUGACCUUGGGAGCACGUUCGGGGCACUUUUUAUUGGUGUCAUCGUUUCAGCAGUUCUCUUUGGCGCAACCAACGUUCAAGCUUUCGUCUACUUUCAGACGCAUAGGGACACGGGAAGAACAUUCUAUAAGCUCGUUGUCAUCUGGCUUUGGAUACUUGAUGCCCUGCACCUGGCCCUGAUCAUCCAUUGCGUCUAUUAUUAUCUAGUGAUCAACUAUGCGAACAUCGGUGCACUCACGGAUGUUGUAUGGAGUUUUAAGAUAAUAAUCGACGUUUUUAUCAUAUAUGGGGUCCAUGUCCUGUAUGUCCAUCGCUUAUGGAUGGUUAGCAAGGGCCGAUCAAGAGCUCUCCCUAUAACGGUGGGCAUAAUCGUGAUCUUGGUUUCAGGUGUCGCCAUCACCCUUAUGUGGGCAAUAUAUCAGUGCCAUGUGUUCACGGAUCUGGUUACAAUCGAGUGGUCGACAUACAUGACUUUGGGAACGACUACUUUCCUCGAUAUCGUUAUUGCAUCAUCGCUCAGCUAUCUCCUUGCCACCUCCCGUACUGGGUUCUCCAGUACCAAUUCUUUAAUAACAAAACUCAUGGGUUAUACCAUCAAUACAGGCUGUCUGACGAGUAUGUGUUCAAUGGCAGUUAUGAUUACAUGCGCAAUGAUGCCGAACAAUUUCAUAUUCCUCAGUAUUCAGUUUUUAGUGGCCAAAUUAUAUGUCAACUCGUUCCUCGCACUCCUGAACGCGCCAUACUAUCUGAAGCCCAACACAGGCACUAUCGAUUCUUCCGUGUGCGCCACGGCGUGUCGCAGGACGAGGAACUCCACACAUCCCGACGAUGAAGUGGUACAUCCGACUCCAUCUGUCAUGCCACAGGGGCCGAUUGAGGUGAUGGUGGAGAUGAAUUCCUUCUCGUCUGUGUGAUGGAUGAUUAUGCAUGUAUUAUUAUCUGUCUGUCUUGUCACGAGAUAGGACAUUGUG